UCUAACAGGUGCAGUCAAGGGCAUACGCCCUUGGUGCAGUGUUGUACAAACAAUAAUUAUUGUUGGAUUUGAAGAAUGAAAGCCUUACUGCUCUGUGCUCUAGCGCUGUACUGUAGUGUACAGGCAGCUCAUGCCACCCAGAUGCCUUCUUGAAAUCCAGGCCAACAGCCAUAAGAGAUGACUUCUGUUUCAGUUCUACGGUGUACUCGGCCCGGGUGGUUGGUGCCGUGUGUAACUGCGUCAUGGGGACCACUAACCUGAGAUGUGUCAACUACACCACCCAAGCUGACUCCACGCUGACCGCCGAGGUGAUGACCAUGGGGGCGUGUGAGGGUGCCACAUUCAAGAACAUGUACACACUCGGCAUGUGCGCCAAUCUCAGCAGUGCACUGUCUGUGAACACAGCUAUAACGGACACGUCUGGUCUUCCCACUUUGAACUUGACAGCACAGGCAGAGUUUGGCAGGUGUCCAAACGUGUGCCCAUUCAAUAACGUUACCAAUGACUACGACACUAUGAACAACCCGUGCCAGUAUACUAUAGAGCUAAUAGAAAUAUUCAAGCCUAUAAAUGCUACAUUUAACAACCCAUUGAUGGUGAAUGGACCUGAUGUUCUCACAACAUGUGGUAACUCCAAUAGACGUCUGACCAUUGGUGAGACGUAUCUGGUCGGAGUGGGUGGGGCUUGCAACCCAAUCUCUGCGUGGUCGACUCUGGAUACCUACUCUGAGAGUGAGUUAGAUCUCCUCCGAGACCUGAGUGCUGACAUGGGGCUGGUGUGUGCUGGGGCUCUGGGUACAGUGCCCUCCAUCGUGACUCUAGUGCUCUCUCUACUCCUCAUCUUCAUCGUGGUAGUGGCCGUCUGAACUAUUAAACGCUGGCUGUACACUAUUUUAUUGUGCUAAAUUUGUAUGACUGUAUUUGCUAUGGACAUUAAGUGUUUCCUCCAUGUAUUUUUUUAACCCAUUAUGACUGUACAUUGUACAUGUAUUUAUCAAUUAUGUUAUUGUUUAUCAAUAGUGAUGACUGUAUAAUUUGCAAGCUCUGUCA